AUGGUGGUUUUAGUGGUCUUGCUGCAGGCUUUGUUUCCUCACAUGGCAUGGGAGUCUCAUACUGCUAAGUGCAGGGUUCAGUAUCCACAACGCCCACUUCACAUGUAUAAUCAGCCAGGAGAUUUCAUCAUUGGUAGCAUAGCUUCUCAUGGUUCCUUUCUUUUCAGUUCAGCAACUUUCACUGAAGAACCCCUAUCUGCAUUGCCUGAAGAGCUUGUCGUUGUGCCAAAGGGUUACCAGCACAUCCUGGCCUUGGCAUUUGCAGUCAAGGAGAUCAAUGAAAACCCUCACAUCUUACCAAAUCUCACCUUGGGCUUCCACAUCCAUGACAGCUAUAUCAAUGCAAUUAAGACAUAUCAUGCCACAAUGCUACUUUUAUCUACACUGGAAAAAUUUCUCCCCAACUAUAUAUGUGAUACUCAGAAUAAUGUGACAGCUGUCAUUGGGGGUCUCGACUCCCAGAUCUCCCUCCAUGUGGCAACUAUCUUGGAUAUUUAUAAGAUUCCACAGCGGGAUUGGGAUGCAACUAUAUUCAAUGGUGCUAUAACCUUCAAAAUUCACUCCAAUGAUCUACCAGGAUUUCAUCAAUACAUUGAGGGCAGAAACCCUUUCAAUGCAGAAGGUGAUGAUUUCAUCUGGGAUUUCUGGCAACAUGCCUUUGGCUGUGUAUUCCCACAUCACAUUCUGGAUGAUGUGAUGGGGGAUAUCUGCACAGGAAUGGAGAAUUUAGAGAAGCUUCCUGCAUCUCUCUUUGAAAUGACAGUGCAAGGUCUAAGCUAUAGCAUCUACAAUGCUGUCCAAGCUGUUGCCCAUGCAUUGCAUGCCAUGUUCUUACGAGGACUCAGUUACCCAGGAAUGGUGGAUGGAAGGAGAGAGAAACUUCAGAAGCAGCAGUUUUGGCAGCUCCAUCAUUUUCUGAGAGGUGUCUCAUUUAACAACAGUGCUGGAGACACAGUGUCCUUCAAUCAGAACUGGGAGGUAAUAUCUAGCUUGGAUGUUAUCAACUGGGUUAUUUCCUCCAACCAGUCCUUUCAUAGGGUAAAAAUUGGGAGGAUGAAUCCUGAGACUUCUCCAGAUCUUGCCCUCACCCUUCAUGAAGAUGCCAUAACAUGGCAUGGAUGGUUUAACCAGGUUCAGCCUCUUUCUGUCUGUACUGAGAAUUGUCACGCAGGGUCAAGGAAGAAAGUGAAGGAAGGAGAACCAUUUUGCUGCUAUGAUUGCAUCCCAUGCCCAGAGGGAAAGAUUUCAAACCAGGAAGACAUGAAUGACUGUAAUACAUGCUCAGAUGAAGAAUAUCCAAACAAGAACCAGAAUUUGUGCAUACCAAAGGAUAUAAGUUUCUUAUCUUAUGGAGAACCUUUGGGCAUCAGCUUAGCUUGUUUUGCUCUUUACUUUUCUAUGAUCACAGCUCUAAUGCUGGGAACAUUUGUGAAGCACCACAACACGGCCCUUGUCAAAGCCAACAAUCGAGACCUCACCUACACCCUCCUCAUCUCACUCCUACUCUGCUUCCUUUGUGUGUUUCUAUUUAUAGGCCAACGGAAUAUGGUGACAUGUCUCCUCCGACAAACGGCUUUUGGCAUCAUCUUCUCAGUAGCUGUUUCUUGUGUGUUGGCAAAAACUAUCACAGUGGUUUUGGCUUUCAUGGCCACCAAACCAGGAUCUAGGAUGAGGAUGUGGGUGGGGAAGAGACUGACCAACUCUAUUGUGGCUUCCUGCUCCCUUGUACAAGCAGGUGUCUGUGCUGCCUGGUUGGGAUCCUCACCCCCAUUCCCCGAUGCUGAUGUACACUCAGUGACUAAAGAAGUUGUACUGGAAUGUAAUGAGGGAUCUGUGAGUAUGUUUUACUGUGUCCUGGGCUACAUGGGCUUCCUGGCUCUUGCCAGCUUCACUGUGGCCUUCUUUGCCAGGAAGUUACCUGACAGUUUCAAUGAAGCAAAAUUCAUCACUUUCAGUAUGCUGGUCUUUUGCAGUGUUUGGCUAUCUUUUCUUCCAACCUACCUUAGUACCAAGGGGAAAUACAUGGUAGCUGUGGAGAUCUUCUCUAUCUUAGCCUCCGGUGCUGGUCUGCUGUGCUGCAUCUUUGCUCCCAAAUGCUACAUUAUUUUGUUGCGACCUGAGCUGAACAACAGAGAGCAUCUAGUAAGAAGUAAGGUCUGA